AUGGAAAACUGGUUCUGGAUUCUCGGCUGUUCUCUUUCAAUCUUGACAAUGGCUGGAAAUGGAUUUGUCAUCUUCAUAGUUUGCAGGAAACGACGACUUCGAACGAAAACGAAUGCCUUCAUCGUUUCAUUAGCAGUGGCCGAUUUCUUCGUAGGGAUGACCGCAGUUCCUUCACUCUACUUCUGCGAGAUAACAAGUGGAUGCGACUCACAAACUCUGUUAUCCGACGCAAUAGACUUUAUAAGGUGGCUGUUCGAGUACGCAUCAGCCGCAAACUUGUGUAGCUUAGUACUGGAUCGUUACAUUGCUGUCGCGAAGCCUUUGAAAUAUUUGACUUUCAUGAAGCGCCGUCGAGUGAUACAAAUGACGCUCAUAUCGUGGGCAGUCCCAGUAAUGUUUAUUGUAAUUGUAUCUUCAGUCUGGUUUAAUUUAAAAACACAUAUCGCCAUUAGUGCUAUCGGCUGGCUUUGUUUGGUUCUUGAGUUGCCGUUGUGUCUUUUGGUAAUUUUCUGCUUUGCGUCCAUAUUACGCGUUGUUUGGAAACACGAGCGAUCCGCUCGUACCCUGGCCAAACAGUUACGGUUUAAUCACCAAGUUCUCUUUAAGACUCAGGAGAAGCCUGUGAUUAAAAUGAUGGCAAUUGUUUUGGGCUUGUUCCUAUUCUGUUACGGCUUGUUUUUGCGAUGUAGUUUUGUGUAUAUUCUCAAUGAUCACAAACCAUGCAGUGAUCUCGAAUAUAAGAUACCUAUUGCGGUUUUAAACUCAGCUGUAAACCCUUUAGUUUAUGCCAUCUUCAAGAGAGACAUAAAAAACGAGUUUAAGAGACUAUUGUUUAAGCGUAACUAACUUUAGCAACGAUGAACUUAAAAAAUAGGAAUAAAUAAAGAGAGAAAUCGAUCAAUCAAUCUUUAUUUAAGCACGAUAUCUUACCAUAAAAAUGGUCUUCCUAAGAGUCGUGAAAAUUACACAAAAAAUGCAUUAGCUAUAUUGACAGGAAUACAUGAAUUACAUUAACCAACGAGCUACUUAAGUAAGAAAGACAAUCAAAACGCAUAUAAUAAAAAUUUCUUUAAUCUAUGGUGUAUUAAAAAUACUAUUUCCCAUUCACUAAUGUUUUAAAAUCAUUUCAACUAGGCAGGUGUCUGAUUUCCGAGGGAAUCAUCUUCCAAAAAGUUAAAUCUUGUUCUGAAAUGUCACAACAGCACCAAUUUAUUGUAAAAAGAUUAAAAUUGUGAAAUGAAAUCUUUUUGAAACCCAAAAUUUCAUGCAGAAUAACAGAAAUUUAAGUUAAACUUCGGCGAAACACCCUUUAAAGACAUGGUUACCGUAGAAACGUCUGAUCACGUGAC